CGGUGGGAGCUGGAAACGGACUGGAGGUCUCAGGAACCGGAGCUGGAGUCACAUAACUGUUGUAUUUUGCACCAUUUUCACCUCCUAUGUUGGAGUUUCGACGUUCAGGACCGACCAGAGUGACAUAAUUCGACGCACUUUUUUCCCUUCUUCCCCGUCCGAGCCGUUUGUCCGCCGGACAGCCGCCAUUUUGUUUAAUCGUGUACAAAUGUCACUUCGGUUCCGGGACGAAGCGAUUAGUCCGCGUUUUCCGGCCGCCCCAGCAGCUCGCAGCUCGCAGUGGGGAAAACAAACGGGUUGAACGGAGGAAGAUUGGUAGCCGGUUGGAUGUGGAGGUUGUUUAGCGGCGAAUGAAUCGCUUUCGUGUCGCGGGCUGUCGUCGGGUGCUGAUUCAAAGUUGUCCCCCAGCUUUCGGUGCUUCUCGGUGCGACUGUACGGGACGCGGCUUGGAGUUUUCUCCCUCCGAGUAUGUUGCCGCUUUCUAACAUUUUGUCAGGGCUGUUGGAGCGCGUAGUCUACCCGCUGCGGUUUUGUGUUUUUCUCGACGUUGUUUACCGGUUAUAAUUCGACGUUUAAUGAUUUAAAUCCACCGGGUCGCCGGCUCUGAACACAGCGAGACACUUUUUCGACAUGCAUACGAGGCGUCUGGUGAAGCGCUCGAUCCUCGGCAGCCGCGUUUAUGCGCCGAGUCCGACCGGGGACGGUGCCCCGGUGACAGGAGUGGUCCAGGCUGUCAAGCAGGAAAACAGAGACGUUUCGGCUGCUGGAGCCCGGAGAAGCGUCUACACCGUGCUCAUGCAAGACGGCAGCCUCAAGGAGUUCUCCGAGGAGGAGAUAGCCGCGGGGUUCAACCACACCGCCGCCAAGGGACCGCUCAAGUCCAGCCUGAAGCAGAGCUCCACUAACGGAGCUCCAGACGGCCAUAAGAUGGAGGGUGGUUGCCUGAGCCCAGAGGCAGCGGAGGAGCAGCGGCUGGCGGAUGGCAAGCGUGUAAACCGGGACCCUGACACCCGAUCAGUGUCUCUGCUCGAGCAGAAACGCAAAGUGGUCUCCUCCAGCAUUGACGUCCCUCAUGCCAGACGGUCAGAGGAGGAAGUGGAUAUGGACAAGGUGACGGCUGCCAUGGUGCUGACGAGUCUCUCCACGAGCCCACUGGUGAGGAGUCCACCUGUCAAAGUCAGCGAGGGUCUGAGCGGUUCAUGGAAGGACAACGGCUCAGCGGGACCUUUCACCCCGUCGAGCAACAGCUCCUCAGGGGGCUACUGGAGCUGGUCGGCUCCCAGCGACCAGUCCAACCCCUCCACACCUUCCCCGCCACUCUCCGCAGACAGCUUCAAGCCCUUCCGUGUGCCCAGCCUGGGAGGGGUGGGACCUGGCCCGGCAGGACCUGAAGACCCCAGUCUGGAUGAGCAGGACGGCAGCAGCCUGCUCUUUGAUGAGCCAAUCCCUCGCAAGCGCAAGAACUCCAUGAAGGUGAUGUUCAAGUGCCUGUGGAAGAACUGCGGCAAGGUCCUGAGUACCGCUGCUGGCAUUCAGAGACACAUCCGCACCAUCCAUCUGGGGCGUAACUGUGACUCCGACUGCAGCGACGGCGAGGAGGACUUCUACUACACGGAGAUCAAGCUCAACACCGACUCGGUGGCCGACGGGCUGAGCAGCCUUUCCCCCGUGUCGCCCUCCAUCCUCUCUCCCCCGCCUCCUCCCCCGUCUCCUCUCCCUUCUCUCAGCCAGCUGCCUGACUCCCACAGACCCCAGCAGUCCUCUGACACCAAGGAGCCUCACGCCGGCGGUGCCACCCCGCUCAGCCGCUCUGCGCCCAGCGCUCUCUACCUCAUCCACACGGACCACGCCUACCAGGCCACGGCUCCGGUGUCCAUCCCGUCCAGCACCAGUAACUCGGCCGGCUCAGCCUGCACCAGCUUCACUCCCACCAACAGCUCCAGUUUUAGCAUCUCCUGGCAGUCGCCUCCCGUUACUUUCACGGGGAACACGGUGUCUCCCAGUAAAAGCCAGGGGUUCGGUGAACAGCGAUCCCAGACCAUCGCUGUGCUGUCAUCCCCUCCCAGAGCCACCACUGCCCUCAGUCGGAAGGUGCGCGGCGAGGGGAAGAAGUGCCGUAAGGUGUACGGGAUGGAGAACCGCGACAUGUGGUGCACCGCCUGCCGCUGGAAAAAGGCCUGUCAGAGAUUCACCGACUGAUCGUUCUCCGCCACUGCAACGGCCCGCCACUCCAACAGGCGCUGCGUUUUUUUCGCCAGAGAAAUGCGGAAUGGGCAUCGUUUUGCAUGCGUUUGGUUUUCUUCAGCUCAAAAUCACAACUUGUCCGUCAAAGCUCUGGCUCUGUGCCCCCCCGUUCUGGCUUCUCCCAGCUCCACUGAACCAUUCCAGCUGUUGAAGCAGCUGUAGGAUGGCAGAGUCACCUUUUACAUUGUCAUCCAGGAUUCCCAGUACAUUCCCUUCAUUCCCAGUUGUGGGAAAAACCCCAGUGCAGCUAAACAGUGUAAAGAAAAAAAAAAGUAGAUCUAAAGGUUUCUGCAGUUUUUUAUGUUGAGUUCAGUGUUGCAUCUUUCUAUGUUUUGUACAGCUCUGGUUUUUAAAUGGAAAGUCUAGUCAAAGAAGGGGUCCAGAAAAAAGGCCAAGAGCUUUUUUUUGUGUGUUUCGUCGAAAGAGUUAAAAAGAAAUCUUCACUUUUUUAUCCAAAAAGAAGAAUCGGCCUGUUUGCUGAAGUGUUUGCAGAACAUUAUGAAAAAGCAUGGAGGGAAAAGCUUGCAGUUUUUGUUCUUCCUUCAACUUGUUCAUCUAUUUGUUUUAUUUCUGGACUGUUUUGAGGUGAUUUUUCUAAUAUCACCACCAUCACAGCCUCUCCUGGCCCCUCAACCCUCCUGACAGCCCCGAGGGAAUGUAUGGCAGAGCCAGGAAGGGCUGCUUGACAGGUAGAAGAAGGAGGGGCAUACAAGGUGAAUGAUCAAUGCAAAAAAGAAACAAUUCACAGUCAGGGAAAGUAGAUGGACCAUAGCGGUGAUUUACCACAGCAUCCAACACACACACAGGUAUUACCACAGAAUCAAAGCAGAAUAUUAUGUCACUUUUUAUCCAGUUCAGUCGUUUUCUUUGUUUCAUCAGGGAUGUGAUUCUAAAGAAAGCAAAAACCAGCAGCUUCAACUUGUGGUUAUACUGUAUGCAGCACUAUCUCAACAACUUCUCUCUUUCAUCACACAUGACAACUUUGCAACCAAAAACUCCUUGAUGUCGUUCUUUUAUGUUUUUGGUUUUUGUUAAGGUGCCAUGUUUAGCGUUGUUGAUGUAGUGUUUGGUUUUUUUCUCUCUUUUUUUUGGUGAAACCAAGACUGUUUACCUACCUGCUAAACAAAGUGUGUUUAAAGACCUUCCUGAGAGCACUGGAAGUCAGCAGCAUGUGAUGCCAUAAAAAGAUCUUUCACCACCGCCCUCCUCCUGAACCAACUUUUAUACUUUCCCAAAGGGAACAACAAGUUUGUGUUUACGUAUCUUGAUGAUCUGUUAACCAAAGGAGGAGGGCUAAAAACCAAAAGUGAGACACUUGCACUGUAUUUGUGUAACGGAGCACCUGGUGCAUUUGUGGUUAGUUUUAGAAAGUUCAAAAUGUUCCAAUCUUCCUCCAUAUUUCCAAUUUAACUGCUUACUAAAAGAGGUACAAACAAUAUGUGCUCACCCAGAUGUAGCCUCCGUUUUAAACCAUCGAAAGUACUUGAUUACUCCUUUGUUGUUAAGCGUGAAAACUUCACUCACUUGGCAACAUGCUAGAAAAAGCUUUGGACAAGUUUUCAAAAGAGUCCGCAAGCUUUGUUACUGAUGAAGUGGAAAGAGGUCAAGAUUGUAAAAAAUGAUCUGAUUUGUCAUUUGAAUUUCAGCCUCCUUGUUGGCCCAAAAGCAGGAAACAAAAAGGCCAAAUAGUUUACACAUGUGGACCAACUCUUGUUACCCGAGGCUCCAUUUCAUGUUCAAAUGAAGACCAACGUGUCUCCCAACCGGCACCUUGUUCCUUUGGUUUCUGCAUUUACUCUGCAUUAUGUGAUGUUUUGUUCGAAUGCAUGCUUUGUUACUGUCUCUCUCACACACACACACACACACACACACACACACACACACACACUCGCACAGCAUCAUUUUACACCAGAUUUAUUUCAAACCAACACCAGCUAAUAAACUCACACCCCGCUCGCCCGUUUUAAAGUACAGUACUUCCGCACACGAAAAUCGUAGCUCUCUUAUGUUUGCUCAGCUGUUUCUAUUUUGUCUGUUCUUUUUGUUUCUUCCUGUAUAUAUGUAGUUCUUGUAUUUUUUUUUUUUUUUUUAUGAUCGGUUAUCUCGGUCAUUACAUCUGCCACCUUAUGAACAAGACAGGUUAGAGUGUGAUAUUUUGCGCGAGGAAAUAAUGUACUGUCGAAUCUGUCUGGCUUCUGUUGUUUUGAGUCUAGAGCUAGCCUUAAAGUCACUCUUUGUGCUUCUUCUAUGUCAUUACAUUGAUGUUUCAGUAAGAAAUAUUUAGAUUAUCUCAAAACGGAUUCGCCCUUGUACUAUGUGAACAUAUUGUUUUAAGAAAAGACAAAUCUAUAUAAGAAAAAAGAUUUAAAUUCAAAGCAACAAGAAGAGAAGACAUUCAUUUGGCUGUUUCUGUUGGAUUCUUUUCUCAUAUACAUUAUAUAUACAUAUGAAUAUAUAUAUUCUGUUGAUGGAUUUUGUUUUCAUGUUCUGCUGAAGGAGAUUCAUAAGCGUAGGAGGACACCCCGGCACAAUUUUCAUUACGGACUAAGCUUGUUGUGCUCUUUUCAGUGUGACCCGCACGCUCCCGCCUGGAGCUCCUUCACGUCACGCUUCCCGCUGGCGGCGCCGCUUAGGGGUCGAAAACCACACUUGUUUAAAACCUUUAUCUUAUUUCCAAUUCUCCUCUCCCUGUGUCACGCCGGCUCGCCUGCAAUUAGUUUGAUUGACGUCUCGAUGUGUUUGCGCCGGUGUGUGUGUGCGCUAGCUCGCUGGCCGUCUCUUGUGUGUGAGCGUGAAGGAGCCCCGGGCGAAAGUAUGCGGGGCUGAAGCUCGACGCCCCCCUCCCCACCCUCCGAAGCAUCGCUACGGUUCCUCUCGAGGAGCUACAUACCUUUUAUGAAAUGGCCCGUGGCGUUUCCCUGUCAGGCCGCGAGCGGGUCGAGCCCACUCCUGACAAACCAACACUCUGCGGUUCAAGCAUGUCUUUGUUGGUGAAGCCCUCGGUGGCUGGAUGUGGCUGAUGCUGUUUGUUACUCCAUGCACUCCCCCCCCCCCCAUCACUGUGGUGCUUUAUGUUGGUGUUCGGAACCACCCUCCUCCAUUGAUGUUGGGAAAACCCUGAUCCGGUCAGGGCUCUGUCCAGGAACAAGUCCCGGCGUUAGUUCAGAUCAUUCAGAGGUGCUGGCUAGACCGGAUACUUCACGGCAGCAUUUCAGGGCAGCUAAUUCUACUAGAAGUUCUCUCUGGAUUCUUAUCCUCGGUCAGUGUUGUGUUGAUUUGGCCAAAAUAAGCUCAUUUAUCAUUUAAUCCAAAUUACCUCAAAAGGAUAUCUGCUGCCGUAUUUGUCGAACCUGCCCAGGGAUUUGUUUGUGGACUGCGGCCCGGCCUGAGAACAUCUCGGUUUCAUUCACUGCCGGCGGCACAAAGCUGGCCUUUAGCAUGACGGUGCUUUCAGAGACACUCGGCCCGGGUCUGCGCCUGCAUCCUGUACAUGCUGGUGCUGCGACCUCGGCGGAGGAGGGGAGAAAUGCAGGUGCUAUAAAAACCCCCACGCAGUGCUGUUUCUCCCGUGUGUCCUCUGAUCAUAUUAACUCCAUUUUGUACACAUUGUUGAUGCUGUAGAACAUGAAAAUAAAAAACACCCUGCCUCAAGCCUA